AUGCCACCAUCACCACCAAUACACUAUCCAAAGAUAACGAUAACCUAUUGCACCCAAUGCAAAUGGCUCCUGAGUACGAUAACCUUUCUCCCUUCCUUCCUUCCUUUACUUCCCCCAUCCCAUCCCAUCCCAUCCCAUCUAACCAAAACACAUAUGUAUAUAUAUAUUAAACCCCCCCCCCAGGAGCCGCCUACUUCGCCCAAGAACUCUUAAGUACCUUCCCAACCCUCGGCGAGGUAUCCCUCCGCCCCGCCACCGGCGGAAUCUUCACGAUAGAGAUAUUCAUGAUGGGGGAAGGGGAAGGGGGGCAGGUUGCGGUGACGAAGGUUCUGUGGGAUCGCAAGUUGGAUGGGGGGUUUCCGGAGGUUAAGGGGUUGAAGAGGGCUGUUAGGGAUUUGGUUGAGCCGGGGAGGGGGUUGGGGCAUGUGGAGGGGCAUGUGGGGGAGAAGGAGAAGGGGAGGGGGAGGGGAAUGCCCGGGGAGGAGGAGGAGGAGGGAGGGGGGGGGAUGUCUUGA